AUGCGGAUUUUACUCCUUAUACAUGUUGGCCAGACUGGAUGGGGUCGAGGAUUUGGUCUUUUGGGUUCCAUUUUUGGAAAGGAUGGUGUAUUAAACCAGCCAAACAGUGUCUUUGGACUUAUAUUUUAUAUACUACAAUUAUUACUUGGCAUGACAGCAAGUGCAGUUGCAGCUUUACUCCUCAUGACAUCCUCCAUCGUGUCUGUCGUGGGGUCUUUGUACCUGGCCUACAUUCUGUACUUUGUGCUGAAGGAGUUCUGCAUCAUCUGUGUCGGCACCUACGUGCUGAACUUCAUUCUUCUCAUUGUCAACUACAAACGACUAGUUUACUUGAACGAGGCCUGGAAGCGGCAGCUGCAGCCCAAGCAGGACUGACCACCUGACGAACCCUUCCUGACAGUCUGAAAUCCCUUUCUCCAUUAAGUUUAUUUUGCAACAGUUUUGGUUUUAAUUUUUCACAACAGACACUUUCCCUAAGAAUCGUAAACUGAUUUUUAAAAAUAUUGUAAAUUAGACGGGGCCCUUGCUAUUUUCUGUGUCAAUCUUCAUUUUAAAUAUGGCCACAAAAAAAGGAUACGCUAAGCCAAUCAAAGACAAGCUUUAACUUUACUUUGAAGGUGUUUCUGAAAUAAUAAAAUGUAGCCCUAGCCCCCUUUCCUCAGUGAGCAACCAUUGCUAGUAAUUCUUUAAUGUGUAUAAAAAUUCAAUUUCAGGUAUAACAAAUGUGAUCAUGACAUGAAAAUAUUUUAGAAUAGAUAACUAUUAAAUAUUGCCAUGUUUACAAUAUGUAAUAUGUUCUUAGCUGAUGGAUUGAAACAUGUAGAUUCAACUAGAAUCCAUUGAUAGGACAUUGUACAUACAGGUAGAAAUAUUGGAUCCAUCUCUGCAGAACUUACUGUACAGUUUAGGUGAAGCGUAGCAACGAGGAAUCGUCAGCUCGGCGCCGACUGAUGAAGUAGUGAAAAUAGCCCAUACAGAGCGUCUUGUGAGAAGUACUGGCAGCCAUGGGUGCGGCAUCGACCGCAGCAAUAACGGGGGUGGGUUCCCUCUCAUCUCCUGGUUCUGAAGGAAGAAACUAUCUUUGAACGUCCACCUCAAGUUGUGUCGUCAUGAAACUGGAUCAAGUGCAGCCUUACAGAAUGAAUCUGAAAACUUCAGGACACUGAAGUUGGGAAAACUCGUAUAUUCUUUGGGGGGAUAAACUGGAAAUAUCAAUAUGGCAUUUUUAGAUAAAGGCUCUUACAAUUAGUUGAAUUUUCAGCGCAUAUAUUGUUCCUUGAUAUUGGUGCCACUCAGCCAAACAGUAUUAUGAUAAUAACCAUUAUAAGCCCAGUUGCCCAAGUAGGACUGUUCUCUGGUACCGCCGGUGUUUUCCCUAAUUGUUUCUUUCUGCACUAAGGAUUGUUAGUAAUUGUUUUAGAAUCAAAUAUUGGAUCUGUAAACUAUAGGGCUGACACGCUGCUCUGUCUGUUCAGUCUGGAGAAGUCCUACCAGUAGAGGUAUCCGAAGGUGAAACAUAGACAUGUCACUGCUGUUUCUGGCAGUAAGAAUUUUUCAGGGUGAUUUGAAUAAACCCAAAUGAAAUUGUGACAGUAUGUUUCUAUGGUUAACAUCUUCUAUCAGAAUGUUAAAAGUGCCUUCUGUCUUAAAUCUCAAACCAAAUAUUUUGUGUAUUGAACUUGGGCAGAAGUGUCCUUCCUUCCUUACCAUGAAGCAGAAAACUCGCACUCUCCAGAAAGGUUCUGUGUGAUCGUUUGAUUCCUUAGACUAAGAAGUGGUAGCAGUGAUUUUGCUUCCAAUUAAGUCACUAUGUUAAAAAUAGUCAAUUAGACUGGUAACUUUUGAGUGCGUUAUCUGCCUUCUUUUUGAAGGGAGGAGACAGGCUCUGCUCUGUAAACUAAAACCUGAAGAAGUCAGCAGUUGUUCAGUAGUUUACAACCAACUAUCAUAUAAUUGACACAUUGUAAGUCUUGUGGCCCCAGGCAGGUGUACAAUCUGAAUUGUCAUGAAUUUUUAAUGGGUUUUAACCAGUUAUUAAAAGAUAGCUUAAUUCAGAUUUCAUUGAGGCUUAUGUUUUCCCAUGAAUGUGAAUAUUUCAAUGCCUGUCUUACUCUGUAUGUACUGUUCCUGUGUUCUGAAGUACUUAAAGAACUCUAGAAAGCACUGAACGUCUGGUGUAUAUGGAGAGACAAGUCCCCAUGUUUGAGAACUGUACAGUAAGGUCCCCUUGUAACUGAGCACCCUGUUCUACCAAGGCUGUUGACUGGUUUUCUUUUCUAACUCAAGUGGAAAUGGCUUAACAGUGGAGACUUCUAUGAUUUUAUAAAUUUCACAGUUGGGCUAAACAAGUUCCUUAUGUCCCAAUUUCAAAUGUUCUUUGAUCGCAUUUUGUAUUAAUCAGCAGAGUAUAGUUAAAGCUUGUCUUGAUGUUGCAUUCUUACAAAUAUCUACAACUCUUACAUGAGAAAAUUAUGUACAAAUGUUCAGCCAGACCCUUCAAAUUUUUCCUUUGCUUUCCUAAGCCUUGGGGGAACCACUGUUUCAGUUAUAUAAAAACUUUUGCCACAUUCCUGUGACCCAGUAGAAUUCAUACCCUUUUUCUCACGGAGAGAUGAACAGGUGCUGCCUGAAAUAACAGCAUUUCCUGAAACGCCAGAUCUCAGUAAACAGCAGAAAACCCUGUUGCUUGCUAUUUGCUCUUUGCCCUGGAGGAAUUUAGGCUCCCCCUGCACCUUCAGUUUUACCCCGAAGAGGGGGAAACACCUAUGUUAAAAAACUUGAAGAUUAUUAGGAUUAUGUCAGACCCAGUGUUUAAAUACUGCAGCAUUGCUAGCCACUGUUGAACAGGUUGGGGGAAAGUUGGCUUUAGUAGUAACCGUGUGCUUCAUGUCUCUGAAAUGGUUCACAACAAAUCAAGCCUCUUAUUAAGUUAUAAAUAUUUGAAGAAAUAAGAGAAGUUAUGGCUAGAUGCUAAAUUCUAGGGAGUCGAGGUGGCUUGGAGGAUUUCUUUCCGUUUUUCAUUGCAGCUAGUUGGUGUCAAUAAGAGUGAAGUAACUCAGGUUUAACUAGCUGUGUGUCAGGAGUCACUCUGAUUUGAACUAUGUAGCCUUUCCUAAAAUUCAUUAAUUUUGAAGAACACUAAAAGUAUUAGCUGUUUUCAUACAAAGAAACAAAGAUUUUUCAUUUGGUACAAAGGAUCUUUGAACCUGCUAGAACUCUUUGUUGGCUUUUAUUUGCUUGUUUUCGUUUAUAAUUAUUCUCAAAAGACUAUCCUUUAAAAAGUGUAAAGACAUCUUGAGCAAUUGCUUCGUAACUAGAUGGGCUGGCUGCACUGCCUGAUGUCAGUGAACUGACAGGUGGGCUCAUCUGAAAAAUCAGUGUUAGACAAACCCAAAGAGCCUGUCUCUCCCAGUUCCUGUCUGGGGCACCCAAUACACAAUACACCCAGUACACAACCUUUGUCCUGUGUUGUCCUCCAGCACACAAGUAUUGGCAAAACGUUUCUACUGCGACAUUGUGGGCAGCACUUAUGAAUCCCAAUCUGUGAGAACUACCCUUCAGUAAAACAAAAGGGUAAGGGUAGGAGUCCCAGCUACUUGGUUUUAAACACUUCUUGGAAAAUUUGCCCAGAAAAGGUGAAAUGUUUUGUUAUCAAACUGUAUUGAGCAUGGCCUAAAUAUUAGGUGUAUGAUCUGUAUAGUACGUUCCAUCAAAAAUAUUUAUCAUUAGUGCUUUAAGCUCCUGAAUAAAUGUUCAUUUAAAAUGGAAUUCACUGGGCAGAUUUCCCCUUUAAUAUAGAUAGAAAUAUUCUUUAUCAGAGAUUUAGGAUACCGUUUUGCUAACUGGUAAAAACAAAUGUAAAUAUGUAAGAAUGUUUAUUUGUUGCACAUA